GCUUGCUUCGUUCGCGAUGCGUGCGUGCAUUUCAGAUUUUUCAGUUUUCAUUAAUUUUCACUAACUUCUUAUCGUCAAGUAAAAGUACCAUAAAAUAUAUUUGCACCUUAUUCAUAAGUACGACCUGAGCACCAGUCAUGGCUGACUGGGACGACGAAUGGAAGGAAAGUGAACCGGUGGCAGUUCAACACCGGCAACCCAGCCACGAUUCCAGAGUCUACCGGCCUUCGGCUGGCAGAGGAAGAGGAUUCCAAGGGCGAGGGCGCAGCAACGACACUAACUGGAGGUCACGAGACUCGGCUCCAGCCAGCAGCGGCAACAACGACCGACGGGACCGACCAGAAAGCGGUAACAAGAAGGUUAUAUCUGUUCCUUCUUCGAAAGUCGGCCGCAUUAUAGGCAAAGGAGGGUCCAAAAUAAGAGAUUUGGAAUUUGAAUCCGACGCCAAAAUCAAAAUUGGCGACGCUAACGAGGACGAGACUGAGAUAACUUUGAUAGGUGAAGAUUCUGCUAUAAGUAAAGUUGAGGAUCUUAUAAAUGACCUUACUAAGGAAUACAAACCGAAAUCCGAGCCUCGACAAGGUAAUCUCAAUGAUAGCACUGGCAGUGCUGGAUCUGGAGGAUUCUUCAAAGAAAACCAAGAGGGGGUGCAAGUCAUUGAUUGGGAUCGCCUCAAUUCCUUCUAUGAUGAGCAGCAGAGUGAGCGCUGGAGCAAACUUCCACCCAUUAUUAAAGACUUCUACAAAGAAGAUCCUGAAGUGGCUAACAUGUCCAGUGAAGAGGUAAAACGUUGGCGUCUUGCCAACAAUGAUAUACAGGUUAAGAGAACAUUUGAUGAUAAGCCUGGACUGAAACCAAUACCCAAUCCAGUAUUAACUUUUGAACAAGCAUUCCGUGACUAUCCAGAGAUUCUAGAGGAGAUAUACAAGCAAGAUUUCAAAACACCAUCACCUAUUCAGAGCCAAGCAUGGCCAAUCUUACUUAGUGGUGAAGAUUUGAUAGGUAUAGCCCAAACAGGAACAGGGAAAACAUUGGCAUUCCUCCUGCCUGCCCUCAUACAUAUUGAAGGCCAGCCCACUCCAAGGGAACAGCGAGAAGGCCCUACGGUGUUAAUUAUGGCCCCUACCAGAGAACUGGCCCUUCAGAUUGAAAAAGAAUGCUCCAAAUAUCAAUACAGAGGCAUCAAGUCUGUGUGUUUGUAUGGUGGUGGAGAUCGCAAAGAACAAAUCAAAGUGGUGGCCAAAGGGGUGGAUAUAGUCAUAGCAACUCCUGGAAGACUCAAUGACCUAGUCAUGGCACGUCAUUUAAGUAUCAUAAACUUCUCAUACAUUGUGCUUGAUGAAGCAGACAGGAUGUUGGAUAUGGGUUUUGAGCCACAGAUUAGAAAGUCUCUGUUUGAUGUGAGGCCCGAUCGCCAGACUGUCAUGACAUCAGCCACAUGGCCUUCAGGAGUGCGCCGACUAGCAGAGUCAUACAUGAAGGAUCCCAUUGCAGUAAAUGUGGGCUCCCUAGACCUGGCAGCGGUCCACACGGUCACUCAACAGGUGAUGUUUGUUGAGGAGGAUGACAAAGAGGAAGCUCUCAUGGAAUUCCUCAUGAACAUGGAUCCGAAUGACAAAGUAAUAGUAUUCUGUGGCAAGAAAGCCACAGCCACCCACAUCUACACUGAGUUGUGUUUGAAGGGGAUAAAUUGCCAAGCCCUGCACGGUGACAGGGACCAGUCUGAUAGAGAAGCAGCCUUGGAGGAGAUGGUAGAUGGCACAGUUAAUAUAUUGAUUGCCACUGAUGUGGCAUCAAGAGGCAUUGACAUAAAGAAUCUGACUCAUGUAGUGAACAUGGAUUUCCCGCGCCACAUCGAGGAGUACGUCCACCGAGUGGGGCGCACGGGCCGCGCCGGCCGGACCGGCAUCGCGCUGUCGUUUAUGGCGCGAAACGACUGGGCCCACGCGCGCGAGCUCAUCAAGAUCAUGGAGGAAGCUAAUCAGGAGGUUCCAGACGAGUUGGAGCAGAUGGCCCAGAGGUUCGAGGCUAUGAAGCUGAGGCGAGGUGACCGCGACGGCGGCGGGCGCGGGGGGCGUGGAGGGCGAGGUCGUGGUGGUUACGGUGGCGGCGGCGGCGGUGGCUAUGGAGGAGGCGGUGGCGGCUACGGAGGCGGGGGUAGCGGCGGCGGAGGAUACGGCGGUGGAGGCGGCGGCGGCGGCUAUGGCGGUGGAGGCGGCGGUGGUUACGGUGGAGGCGGCGGUGGCUACGGCGGUGGAGGCAGGGGCGGCAGCUAUGGCGGUGGUGAUGGAGGAGGCUAUGGCGGCGGCAGCGGCGGCGGAGGCAGAGGCAGAAGGGACAAAUGGUGAUGAUAAUUAUUUAUCACACCACAUCUCAAUAUAUACCCCACCUUUUUAAUGAUUGUUUAUCGUAUAAAUUACCUUUAGGUUAAGUGCCUAGAUUUAAUCGUAAAUUGUGAUUGUUUCGGUAUUGCAUGAUAGUUGAUGACGGUACAAACUAACAUGGAACACUGUGAUAUAGCAUUAAUCUCACUAAGAAUAUAUUGUUAAGUUCUAUUGAAAGUAAAUACUACUUCCAGUUAUAACAAUAACUGAUAAAUGAUUAUAGUGGUAGAAUACAUAUUUUUUAUAGGUUACUAUAAGGCUGUAACAGUUGAUUUUUAUAACGUUCUAAAAGAAUACACUUUGUUUUGUUUCUA